AUGGGCGCUGUCAAGUUUCAGCUCUACAAGACACUCGGUGUCUCCAUGAAGAGCACCGUCGAGGAUGUCACACGCGCAUAUCGUCGUCUCGCACUGAAGUAUCACCCUGACCGUAACCCGGAUGGCGUGGAGGCGUUCAAGGAAAUCUCGAACGCAUAUGCAGUGCUGUCUGACCCAGAGCGACGUGCGAUGUACGACUUGACAGGCGUUGUCUCGGAUUCCGCAGACGCGUUACAGGGCUUGUCUGAUGAGGCGGCUCGUCAGCAGCGCUCCGCAGAGCUAGCGGACCAGGUGCACAACUUCUUUUCCACUUACGCUGGAUCUGAGGAAGAGCGGGAAGACGUGAUUCUCGGCUACGAAAAAUGCAAGGGCGACUUCAACAAGAUGGUCCGGCAGUAUCUUCUCUUUGACAACGGCAUCGAGUCGGAAGUGCAGCGGCUGUAUCGCCUUGUGUCGGGUCUGAUCAAGAGAGGAAAGCUUUCGUCGACGCCGGCGUGGGAGUCGACGAGUACUCCGAAGAGCCUCCUCAGGCUGGAGAAAUCCAUGCGGCGUGAGCGCCUGGAGGCGGAGGAGGUGUUGAAGGAGAUGGCCGGCAGUGGCUCUGGUGCCUCAGCCGUCGAAGAGGGCGACCUUAGCGCCCUUCAAGUUAUGAUUCGACAGCGACAGCAGUCUUCGUACGAGUCGAUGCUGAGCCACCUUGAGAGCAAGUACACGACAAAGAAGAGCGGUGCACGACAAUCGAGCAAGCAUGCACGCGAGACGGCACCGACUGCUUCUGCAGACGAACGUGCUGCCAAGAAGCACCGGAAGGCCUCUCACCAUCCCUAG